CCCUAAACUGCGGAUACUGAAGGAGACGUUACCUAGGGAGACGUACCAGCUGGGAUUAUCGUUUGAAUUCCGCUUGUAGGGAUUGAACAAGCCUGAGGAGGGAACGGAAGUCACCGCAUGUCACACGCCAAGGUGGGCGCUUGUGUUUGAAAUGAGAUCUUAGCGACCGGGUGUAACCGACCAACCCAAUCUCAGGCCCUGAACAGUGAAAGGAGAUACACAUGCUGCCUCGCGUCUCAUUGCGUGCCAUAGGACCGUUUCUGCAAUGUAGACGGAACAUAUUUACCAGUUUACCCGCCACAGCCUCCAAUCGAGCAUCUAAAUUUGAUCAACCCUCAUUCCUGGAUGCUCUGUCUGAAAAUGCUUCACAGUUUAAAACGUACAAGCCGGUCACUCCGGGAUUGCGACACCUCCGCCGGCCUAUAUCAGAGCAUCUAUACACAGGGCCUCCGAUAGGCCUUUUGACGAUAGCAAAGAGGAAGAAAGGUGGACGAAAUAAUCAAGGCCGUAUUACUGUGCGACACCGAGGAGGUGGCCACAAGCGCCGCAUACGAAUUAUAGAUUUUACGAGAGUGGAGCCGGGGGUUCAAGAUGUUAUUCGCAUAGAAUUUGAUCCAGGACGAAGUGCGCAUAUCGCUCUCAUUAAACAUCGAGAUCCCAAUGCAGAGCAACCAUACAGUUACAUUCUCGCCUGUGAAGGUUUGAGGGCAGGAGAUACAGUAACGAGUUAUCGUGAGGGAAUCCCCGACGGCCUCAUACAGGGAUUCAUGGAUCCUCUGUGGGUUGGACGCAGAGAGCGACCGCUACCUAAUAUUUCCAAGCUCGGCUUGGAGUGCAGACGGCAUGUACAGGGUAGAUUGACACGCACCACGGCUUCUGUACCCUCACAGCUACCUGCUGUGGAAUCAAAAUCGGCCUCAAAACUUCCCCAAGAAGCUGAAGGUUCACACUCCAGCGUCCAAUCUGAUGCAACUCAAUCCCUGUCAUUGGGCGUACUACGUGCUACAACUAUCAGACCUGGAAACGUCCUUCCUCUCCGCCUCAUCCCUACUGGGACCCUCAUUCACUGCAUCUCAUUACGACCAGAUGGGGAAGGCAUACUCGUUCGUUCUGCGGGUUCGUUUGGCACAGUGGUUGCACACGAAGACUACGUGUCAGGAAAGGCAUCGUAUACUCAAGUCCAGCUGCAGAGCGGGGAAAUUCGCAAAGUCCCACACGAAUGCUGCGCGACUGUUGGAAGAGUUAGCAAUCCCAAUUGGAAGGAUAGAAGCUUGGGGAAGGCGGGGCGAGCGAGGAACCUCGGAUGGAGGCCAAGCGUCCGUGGUGUUGCGAUGAAUGCCAUUGACCAUCCUCAAGGUGGUGGCAGAGGGAAGUCGAAGGGUAAUUCACAUCCUCGUUCGGUUUGGGGUUGGUUAACGAAGGGGAAAAGAACUAGAAGGCCAGGGCCGAAGGGGAACACAAUGGUGGUCAAACAACGACCACGGGGUAAGGAGAAACGUCAGAGCUAGUACAUGCUGUCAAUGUCAUACUUAUUUCGGAACUCAAUUUAUUCGGAAAAAACUG